UUCUGGUGGAUUCCGUCUUAACAGUUGUAAAUAGGUUGUUAAUUUUAACUUAAAUGUUUUGAAUAGUUCCUUGAUCUGAACUUUAAGUUGUCCCCAAUUAGUAGAGGGCUUCACCCUCGGCUAUUUUACUUAGACGCGUUAAUAAAGUUGUUUUGUUGUUGUUGUUGUUGUUGUUGUUGUUGUUGUUGUUGUUGUUGUUGGAGUAUGCGUCUCCAUCCAUGUCACGUUUUUUUUAUUUUCUUUUUGAGUUGUCGAGCUUCGCGAAACUUUGGGACCUUGUACCGUCAGCGGAAAAGGGGCGUGAGGGCCCCCUCCACAUGAAAACGAUUUAAAAAGAAUAUUUUGUGAUUUUAUUUUAGGCUGUGUUGAGUGGCCUGUUGGAUACCGAAGGGGUCCGAUCUAAAGUACCCGGAGGCUCCUGGAAACGAGCUGAGGAGGAGGAAGAAUGAGACUGUGAUGAAUGAAAGGACACUUCAGUUACUUGUAACCUGACUAUGACAUGGACAACUACUUUAAAGUUUGUGAAAUAAAUAAAUUUGCCUUUUCUUCACUGUGUAGUUUAUCCACUACUUAUAUUUUAAAUCGGUAGCCCGGGUAGCGUCUCGGACCCAAUAAAUUAACACCUUUAGAGAGAUUCUCUUCUCGCCUUCAAUUUUACGUCUCAAGAGUGAGCGUAGGUAUUCUUAUGCGAAGGUUUAAAGGCUUAAAGUUUAUUGAUAAAUGCAAUCUUAUAUCGUUGAUCACUCUCUUAAUAAAACGCCAUGUUUAUAAACAUCCUGUCUUUAAAAUCUAAUGAUAGCAUUUAUUUUACUACGUCUUUUUUAGCUUUUUUAGACGUUGUUUUUCUGAAUAGGCUGAGACAACUAGCAACUGACAAUAGACAACUGACAUGAGCAGCUUUUAACUCAUCCUUAAUUGACAUUAUACAGACCAUCUAUUUCACUGUCGAGUCUAAGGUAUCAUAUUUGUUUAGCCUGCAUCCAAUCAAAGAAAGGUUGUGCUAAUUUAUUCCCAGCUCCUACUGCUUCCACCAUCUUUUAAUUCUCGGCGACUUUUUACUGUUUUCAUUCCGAUUAAAAUAAUCAUGAUCACUAGGGACUAGUCUAAAUCCAAAGUGAGUUGCUUAUCUAGUCUUCAGCUACAGCCGUGACCAAUUUAUAUAAUGUCAGAGGUCUAAAUAACUGUUAUGGUCUUCAGUUGAUAAUUGUCUUCUUAUUAACAGUUGAGUAAACACCACUAACAAAUAUUUGCUAGGUAUGACAUCAAAUAUCAGGUGGUUCCAAGCUUUGAGCAUUUAAAUGUCAAUAAAUCAAUUCCCACUCGGUAGCUUAGGGUUUCUGGAUUAAGACUUAUUUAUAACAUUUAUUUUUAAAAGAUGUGAUACCGAUCAAUUUUGAUUGUUUUAAGAGUUUUUUAACACAUUUUCACUUGUGUCUGAUUUUUUUGGGAGCCCUAAGAGAAUUUCCCAACCCAGAAUCAUUAGAAGUUCCUGUCUAAAAUAAGCCAUCUGCGUGCAAAGUAUACACUUCAUUUUUAUGCCAAAUAAAAACAUUAUAAGCUGCAUUCUACUGGCUUAAGAUCAUUCGUGUAGACAGGACUGCCAUUUGAAAUCGUAAUCGUCCUUUAUUAAUUUUAUGCUAUAAGAUAGCUGCUUAUUUUUUUAGCCGUAUGGUUGUUAUAGGGAGCUAUUAAUACCAUAUUUGUAGGCUUCAAAGUUAAUGUGUUCUUCAUCUCCUUUUUGGUAUAUUUGUUGUUUCUAUUAGAACAAUUUUCAUUUCCGUAACUUAUACCUCUCGUAUCGUCGUUGGCAAAACUUGACAUGAAUAUUAGUUGCGGCUUCAACGAACGACUGAACAGUGCGGCAUCCAUCGUUCUCUCAUUGUGGUUCGCCUCCUCUGGUUUAGCAGCUGUCAUUGGAAAUGCAGUGGUACUGUGGUUAUUCUACAAAAACCAGUCUUUACGAACAAUUUCAAACCGAUUUUUAGCCUCUUUGUGUGUGGCAGACUUCUUAGCAGGGCUUGUGGUGCACCCUAUGUUUAUAGCUAUCAGAGUUUUCGCUCAGCCACAAAGAGGUAACAUCUUGCUAGACGUUAUUCACAUGGUGUGGAUUCACUCAACUGCCGCCACAGUAUUUAACUUAUCUUGUGUUUCUGUUGACCGAUUUAUUGCCAUUCGCUUUCCUUUUCGUUAUCAGGACAUUAUAACCAAGCAAAGAUGUUGCGCAGUGAUUAUAAUAGUGUGGUUAAUCUCACUGUUUCUUCCUUUCUCCUGGAUUUUGGUAAAUGCGACGACCGCAGAAGAAUUCUGGUUUUCUUUAUCAUUUAUAUUUUUUAAACUUCCAAUAACUGUUGUCACUUUGUGCUAUAUUUGGAUUUUCACAGUCGCCAGGAAACAAGCUAGCAGAAUAAAAACGGAAAAUCUUCAAAACUCGAACGAAAUGAACACUCCUGUUCGUGUUAUAAAAAAUUACAAAGCUAUCAAAACCAUUGGUUUUGUGUUGGGUGUUUUUUUUGUUUCAUGGAUGCCUUCUUUAGUGGUUUCAGUUGUUGAGUAUGUUACAGCAAAUGACAAAUGUUUUCGAGAUAAACUGCUUUACGUUGUGCGGCCCUGGAUUGUGGCAGUGGGUUUGACAUCAUCAGCGAUCAACCCGUGGAUAUACUACUUCCGCAAUGAAGAGUUUCGCGAAGCCUUGCGCCGCUGCUUCCAUUGGUUUCCUUUGAACGUUACACCAGAAUUUCCAUUAGAACGAAACCGGAAUCAGAGAAUGUGAGGUCAGAGGGGCAGCAUUGCUCUGAAUAUCUUUGAAGACACAAAUCAAACUGUAGUCAUCAUCGCCGAGUCAGGAUGUAUACACUCGCUAACUCUCCAUCUCUAUAACAGGAUGAUUUUGAAACUUUUAAGGACAUUUAAAAUCAUUUUAUCUUUUUCAGUUUGUUAUUAUUUUGCUGCACAAUAAGUUAAAAUAACUUUACAAAUAUCAAAUCAAUGAGACAAGAAAGCCCACGGAAGCUAAAAGGCUUAUGUGAAGGACUGACCUGACCUUUGGAGUGAUCCAAGACUCACUAGCAGGACGGUUUCAUCUAACUAUGUACAUAAUUAAAUGUUUUCUAACAGACAAAAAUGGUCAUUAUGUAGCAUAAAAAAUAAAAAAUAUCAAGCUCUUUCUUGUGUAAAAAGCUCAGCUUAAGACUUAUUAAAGUUUGGUUCAGUGUAACAAUUACAGGUAUUAGUUUGUGAAGAACUGGGUUGUGU